AUGGCCUAUACGGAUGAUGCUGUGAAAGCGAAGCUUUCAGCCCUCAACGAAACCCAGGAAGGCAUUGUCACAGUUGCGCAAUGGGUCAUGUUUCACAGGCGACACGCCGAACGAACCGCACAGCUCUGGCUGCAGAAACUCCGCGAUUCCCCAGCACCGAAGCGCCUGAACCUGAUAUAUUUGGCCAAUGAGGUCGCGCAACAAUCCAGAGCUCGCCGGAAAGAGGACUUCCUCAUCGCAUUCUCGCCGAUCAUCGCAGAGGCCACAGCUAUCGCAUACAAAGGUUCCUCAAACGAUAUUCAGCAAAAGAUUCGUCGCGUGGUUGAAGUAUGGAGACAGAGAUCUAUCUUUGAACUUCCCAUUCAGGAGGCCGUAGAAGCUCGAGUAGAUGAGAUCGAUAAGUCCCGCUCUACCGGUAAAAAGCCGUUGCUAGGAGGGUCCCUCUUCUCGAGCUCGUCAGGCUCUACACCGUCUGAACUUCAGCCUCUAGUGCCUCUACAGGUAGCCGUUUCAAAGGCUACCGUGGCUUCAACUGCAUCUGCCACAGCUGCGAAUGCAGAGUAUGAUAAGAUGCACGACCCCAACACGCCUUUGCCUACCCCUCCAGUGCAUGCGGCGCGGCUUAGCCAGCUGUUGAAAGCCCUUGCGAAUGCAGAAAGCUCUGUAUCCGAGGUCAUCAAAUCACGCACCGCUCUCAUCGAGGGUCUCGAGAAGCUCCUCGCAACCAAUCGCUCAGCUUUAUCCAAGGAACAAUCAAUGGUCGCACAGUUGACGGAAAGAAAAUCGGAGACGGAAGCCACCAAAAGAGAGGUUGAAGAUGGGAUCAUGCGCGGGCUCGCUGCCGAGAAUUCGCCUGCGAUCAACCAUGGCGAUGCUGGGCCAGAGGGAGAGCCUAUUUCUCGUCCAGAAGUUGAGGCCCUGACUCCUCCACCAGUUGAGGCCAUUACACCUGUUGGCUCUCCCAAGCAGGCCGCACAGGACUCAGACUUCAGCGCAGUACCUCCUCAACCCCAGAUACUGGGUGGAUUUACCCUGCCUGGUUUCGGAAAUCCGGCCGAUUCUUCACUUUCGGCGGCGGGCUUCCCUCCCGCGGGACUCGGCGAGCACCAAACAGACGGUUCGAACGGGCUCCAUGCCAAGAGACGCAAGGUUACGCAUGAAGAGGAGGAUUACGCUCGAUUCGCAGGCGGCGAUUUGGAUGCUGAUGUAGCUGAGCUCUUGAAGCAGGAAGGUGAUUCCCAGCAAUAG